GUGAUUUUACUUUCAACACCAAACUUUUUAGUGAUCAGCACUCGAUCUUGUCUUUACGUGAGGGUGCCUCCGUGGCUCAGUUGGUUAGCGCGCUAGCGCAGCGUUAUGACCCAGGAAUCUCUCACCAAUGCGGUCGCUGUGAGCUCAUGCUGGCUUCCUCUCCAGCCGUACGUGGGAAGGUUUUGCAGCAACCUGCGGAUGGUCGUGGGUUUCCCCCGGACUGUGCCCGGUUUCCACCCACCAUAAUGCUGGCCGCCGUCGUAUGAGUGAAAUAUUCUUGAGUACGGCGUAAAACACCAAUGAAAUGAAAUGAACUUUACGUGAGAUUUUCAUUUUGUACCGGCUCUCAGUUUUCUACAUUUCACUUUCAGCGCAUUAACUGGACUUGAAAAGAUCUAAAGCUGCAUACAAGUUAUAAGCAUGCUUUCCAACCAGAUUUCAACAAGGGAUCUGUUCAGCUAUCCACUCAGACAAGGAAGCCAAGACAGUUCCAGUCAGGGUACUUCAGAUUAUUUACGUGGUGAAUCAGGAUUUCAAGACUCUCAGUCUCAGCCAUGCAUUGGAUCACUCUCGCAGCCAGAUAUUUAUUCACCUGGACGAAGGAUGUUCCAGAAAUACUCUUCCAGGGGCUCUAUCUUCAAGCUAGAGGGAAAUUUACCCUCUAGCCAACAAGAUUUACAGAGGUCAAAAGCAAGAGAGAGAGAAGAUAGAGAAUUUAUGCAGAAUAUGAUGUCUGUCGUCAGUGAAUCUUCGUCAGCGGUCAGAUUUGCUUUAGAAUCAUUCAGGGAUAGUCUAGAGACAAAACAAGGGAAGAACGAAGAGAAUGUAGCAACUUCUUUACAAGCACUUUCAGAUGAGGUCCAAAGAAAUGCUGAAAAAAUUAUUUCCGCAAUUUGUGAACAGGACAAAGUAAAGCAAGAACUCCACCAAUUGAAUAUAGAAUUAUCAAAAAAAGAUGCCAUUAUAAAUGGACUUAAAAAUCAGUUGAAGGAAAAUAAGGAACAGGACAAUGAGAAAAUAAUGGAGAUAGUGAAGAACAGUCACAUGCAACAACAGGAUAUUAUAGAAGAUAAGCUACAGAAGCUACUCAGUGUUACCUCAGAACAACUGAAACUCUACGACAAACAAAUUUCUUGGCAAGCUGAUCAAGAAAAGGGCCAUGCAGAGUUUCAGAAAGAGAUGUUAAAUGAACAGCAGAAUCUCCUGAAGGGCCUAGAGGACAAAUUGUUGUCAGAGCUAUCAAAUGUGCAGCAUCAGUUGUCUGUGAAACAGAGCCAGUUGGGGAACUAUUAUAGACAACAACUUCAAGAAUAUAACCGCCAGCAAACGAAGACUGUAGAGAGCUGUUUGCGACAACCAUUGGAGGAAAAUGUAAAAAAUGCCUCGAGAGAGACAAAUUCGCUCUUAUCUCAACAGAGGCAGGAGAUAGAGUUGGCAUGUAAUAGGCAUAGACUAGAGCUUCAGCGAUUCAUAAAGUCUGAGCUAACAAAGCAGAUGUUUGAGAAUGAAAAGAAUAUAAAGCAGAUUGUGUCAAAUGUGAAAUCCUUACAUGUAGUUUCAAACCAGUCUGAAAAUGGAGCCCUUAAUGUAGCUAGGCAACAAAGAUCAAAGGUUAUGAACACCUCCAAAAGAACAUGGAUGACUCUCCCACUGUGCAGCCCUAAACCCACACAAGUAGGUGAAGAUGAAGAUGAAGAAAACAGUGAGUAUGGAUGUGAUGUUGAAAGAAUAACUGUCAGCUCACCAGAAUUUCAUAUUUCCCCCUAUAACUACUCAGAGCAAGGUGUGCAGCCUUCCAAAAAGGACUUAUUAGGUUCUCCAUGGAAUCCAAAUACACUUUUCCAGAGAUCUAGGACAGUUAAGCCUUCCCCUGUGGCCAAAGUUGCACCAAUGGCACAACAGUCUUCAUCAAAGAAUAUGUCAAACCAUAGUACUGUAAUGAGGACAACUACAAAUAAGGAGCAAGAAAGAGAAAAUCAGAAAAAACAGGAAGGAACUGUUUAUCCACAGAGACCAUCGAAGCAAACCAGAGACCUGCAGAAAUUUUCAAAAACUACACCUCCUGAACAAACAUCCCGCUACCUUACAAGAUCCUCAAAGAGACAACAAGACUCCAUGUGUGAAGAAGAAAAGCGGCCUCUAGAGAGAAGUUAUGAUAUGGGUGAAGGUGAACAGCAAGAAAGGAAAAAUCAUCCAAAUAAAAGGAAAGCAAAAGCAUGGGAUGAAAAUGAACCACAGUGGCUGAAGGUAGCAAGAUUGAAAGAAAACCGUUCUACCAACACAGUGGGACAGAUGCCAGGGAGGGAAACCUCCCCACCAAUGGCAACAAUGAAAAUGGUAAUGAAACGAAAGGUUAGGUGCAGAAGAACACCAAGUUUUGUCACUGAAAUAUCAAGAACCAAGUGGAGCCGCUCUAAUAUGGAAUCGGAAGAUACAAACAGAACUUUUGAUGAUCUACUAAGCAGCCCUUGCUUCAAAUUCUGUGAUACUUUGAAUGAGCCAUUUGAUGACAGAGCACUUGUUCUGGAAGGAAAAGUGAGUCGGAAAAAUGCCAACAAAAGAAAACUUUGUGAAGUAAACUACGAUACACAGAUAACAGAGAUAACUCAAGCUAUCAAACAACAGUUGCAGUAUGUUAAUACACCAAGUUUUGGCUAAUUAUGUUACUUCUACACCCCUCCCCUUCCCCUUCUUCACAUUUGAGAAAAAAUAUUUUGGUGGUACCUAAAUUAUGUACAUAUACAUGUACCUGUAUUUUAAUACAUGUAUUAAACGCUGUGUUCAGAUGUGUACUUAAAUUAUGUACAUGAAUUUUACAUUUCUAAUUUAAAAUGUUUUUAGAGAUGCAUAAAUUAAAUGGACUUCAAGUAGUGCUUUGUUUUAAUUCAGACAUGGAAGAAUGAUAAUGCAUUUGAAAAAGGAUUUGGGGCAGUGCAUGUUAACUAAUUGUAAAAUGACGCAGUGUAUCUAAGUGCCUUUACUGGAAAUUAGCAAUAGAGAAUUUUACAUAAGAGUUUCUACAUCAAAAUAAGGCUGGAUCUAUUUAUGUCUGUGAUAUCAUAGAAUUAUUUUUGUUUACAACAUUUUUAAAUAAAUAACAUUGUAAUGGAAACACAUUAUAUGCUGUAUUGAAGCAAAUAUUAUUUCGGAUCUGUUGGUUGUGUAUGGUGUAAUGAAUUGGUAAACAGUUAUAGUUACAUAUAUAAUCCAGAAUGGAGAAGUCAGUACUGGUAGGGUAAUUUAACUGUAUUGAUAAUAAAUAAGCAGUUUGGUGUUCUUGUGCUGUUAUUCUUAUGGAAGAAUUGUAGAUGAAAAUAAAUUGUUCUGUUAUGUUUCAUAAAAUUUUUGAGUACUAUUUGUUUGCAUACUGUCCAGCUUCUCUUCGAAUAUCAUUGUAUUCUCAACCCCACAUGCCUUGCGUAAAUGGAAACUUGGCCUGU